GCUCUGGCCACUGUGAAGUGUUUGGUCACUGGUGAUGAAGGGGGCAGUGGGGAAUGCAAGGGACAUGCAGGAAGGAUUGCGUAGGAAGGGAUUGAGGGCAGAGGGAAUCAUUAGCCUCCUCUGAAGACCAGGAAGGGGUUAUGGUGUGGCUGCAGGGUGCUGAGGUAAUUACUGAUGGGCACUGAGGGAGUGGAGGCUACUUGAGUGGCAGCUGCUUGAGAUACAAGGGAGUAAUGUGAGUGUAUGUGGGAUCUCCUUGCUGCUUCUAAGGAUGUCCUGGCAGUGCAGUUAUCAGUUGUGAAGGUGCUGGUAGUGAUAAUGGGGAUCUGUCAUAACCUAUUUGGGAGAAGAAAUAGAUCUUGUGCUCUGCCAAUGGUUUAAAUCUGCAGACAAUGCUCGGUCCCCCCAAAAAACAUUCCCUUCUCUCAUAUGUAUUUUUGGUGUCUUGCAAAAUCCAGCAAAUCUGUUAUUAGAGUAUGGUUUUGUUGCCUUGUACAGCUUGGAGGCUUUCUUGUUGCUCCCUGUACGGGAAGAAUUUAAUAAAUACAUCACUGGAGCUCAUCUGGGGCUGGAGUGCCAAGAAAAACCCAAAACCUUUUCAAAGUACUGCUGCUCAGACUGAUUCAGUUAGUGCCCGCUUUAGGGAGGAGAUUUGAUUAUCCAUUUACUGUAAGGGACAGAAAAAAUCGUUAUUAAUAACAACAAUAAUUCUUCAGAGAUUGCUGUACUGAUCUUACAUUUCUGAGGAAAAUCAGUAAAGUAAAUGCUCAAAUGAAUCAAUACCAGUCCAGUUAAUUCUGUGCUGAAGAAUGACAGAUUUAUUGUUAUACUUAAAGAAUGCAUCCUGCACUUGUGCAUUUGGGCUGGGAAUUUUAAGGGGAUUUGUGGAAGCCAAGUACCAAAAUUCCUUUAGCAAACAGCCUGUACCAAAAUUCUGAGUUAUUUUUUCUUAAUUUACUUGGCCUACUUUUAACAUCUCAAUCUUACAACAGUUGUGUGUUUAGGAUGUUUAAAAGUUCCAUGAAAAAUAUCGUAUUGAAUUGGUAUCUGCAAAGGUUGUGUAUAAAUAUUAAGGACUUAACAUGGCUUCAGGCUCAAGUGGAUGCUCAGGUAGGAAAGGAUUUCUUCUUGGAUUGGUAAAUGUCAGGUUUACUAAGUCACUUGGUGAUGGUAUUGAAGUUCCACAGUAAAAACAUUUUACUAACGUGUAGCAACUAUUAAAACUUUGACCUGGAAUGUUUCAGAAGUUCAAGGUAUUGCUGGUGGGAGUCAGAAGUUUUCAGAUUUCUGCAAAUGGAAUUAGCUGUAUCAGUGAUAUAAAUAUGCAGGAGGUACAAAGACAGUGAUUAAUAGCUCUAGGCAAUUAUCCCUGAGUGUGAACUUCUCUUCAGCAGGAGAACAGGUAAAAUCUGCACAAGCAGGUUUCCAGCAGAGUGGGAGUAAAAUUCUUCUGGAUAAAACAUCACAAGAAAGAUAUUCCAAGGUGUGAGGAGCUGCAUGCAGAUAUAGACUCCGAGGUCUAAAUUCUAGCACAAGUGAACCAAAAAGCAUGGAAGAAAAGAAGAAAGAGGAGAAACCAGAAGAGCAAUUUACAGACCCUGAAUCAGCUGUCCCAGAAUCCUUACUAGAGUUUCAAAUUGAGGCAAAAGAAGAAGCAAUUGAUAAGGUUUUGCUUGCUUUGAAACAACUGGAAGAAAAGAACAAAGAAUAUUAUGAAAGACAUGAGCUGCUGAAGAAGGAACUUCAAGCACGCAUCAGGCGCUUACUGGAGCAAAUAGACGAAGAGCAGAAAGAACGAAAUAAGGAGGUUGUAACUAGGGAUGAUGUGGAGAAGUCGCUGAUAGCAACAUGGCAGUAUGUUAAGGACAAAGAACAACUUCUGGAAGAUCUGCGCUCCCAAAUUGAAGAAAUCAACCAAAAAAUCUCAGUAAAGCAGAGUGAGAAAGAUGAUUGCUUGGAGUAUAAAAAUGUAGGAAGUAAAAUAGAAGCUAAGAAGAUUAUGAGUCUGGAAAAAGACAUUAAAGAAGUCAAAGAUGAUUUCCACAGAGCUACAGAAUAUUACAGAAAUGCUUUGAAAGCAAUGAAAGAAGAAAAUACCAGACUGGUUUUGAAGCACAUGGACUUAGUUAAGGAACAGGCCCCUGAGAAUGCUGUGAGAUACUUAGACAAAGACAGCUGCAGAGAAAUUGAAGAGAAUAGCUGGCUAAAAGAAGAGGUUAAGCUGUACCAAAAGGAAGUGAGUGAUUUGAAAGCCUCAAUUCAACUCCUGGAAGAAGAAAAUAUCGCUCUAGUGGCAAAACUGGUUGAUAGCAGACUUGAGUAUCUAGGAGUACCCAGGCAUCUUGCAGCUGGCUUGCCACAUGAGUUUCUUAAGGAUGGAAUGAAAGCAGUAGAGUAUAGCAAGUAUGCAGCAGAGGCAGAUGGGGAUGAAAGCCUCGGAAGUGCCACAGACUCCUGUCAGAAAACAAAAUCCUUUCCAAAGAUUCAGUCUACAUCAGACACUGAGGAGCCCCAAGAGAGUGAUGUGGAGGUAGGGGAACAGCCACUCACUCCAACCCUGGGCAGCCUCUUUUAUGAAGAUGGAAAAGAUAUCCAGGAACACUUAGAACUGGCUCCUCUGGAGACAAAGCUGAUGUGUGUGAUUGGAAAAGCUGUGCCUAUUCAUGAACAAGCAGAAGAAAUGCCAAGCAGAAGGGGCACAGAAGACGGCAUGGGUCAUAAAUCAGACAGGCGCAUCACAGCUCGGAUGAUCAGGGCUUUAUCUAAAGAAAAGGUUGGUUAAGAACAGACAAGCUGUGCUGUUAACCUGGGACUGUAACAUUCUCAGUUCAUUAAAUAUUUGCUCUGC